AAUAAAUCACCUUUUAUUUAGCAUCAUGGAAGGUUACACUGAUAAAGUCAUUUCUCCAUUAUCUCACUUUUCACCAUUGAAACAAGAAGAAGAUCAGCUUCCUUCUUCAACAGCCGCCGCCAUUGUUGGUGGGGCAAAGGAUUCGACCCAGAGUUUGAAGAAGGAAAGAGAUAGGAGAUUUAAGAUGGCUGAGAGUUAUGAUAUUCUUCUUUCCAUGGUCCCUAAUCUCUACCCUAAGGCCACAAGAGAGAACAUUGUAAGUGAAACGAUUGCAUACAUCCAAUCACUCGAAAAAGAGAUAACAAACUUGGAAAAUCAGCUCAACAACUCAUCAUAUGGUGAAUCAAAAGGGAAUCAAAACAUGAAUUAUCAUCGAUAUCCGGACUCGAAUUCGUCGAUUGAUGUUACCGUGUCAAGAAACAAUGUCGCCUUCUUUGGGAUUCAAUCGCCGGUAAGACCGAGACUUUUGACGGACAUUUUCAUGGUGUUCCAUGACCAUAAGACUGAGGUUUUGGCGGCAAAUGUUGCUGUUAAUCAAAUGGAAUUGAGAUUAACUGUUACAGCUGCUGUUAUCAAUGGAAAUGUAGAUGCCAUAAUUGAGAGCAUCAAAAGAGAUUUACUAAUUCUAUAG